AGGGAGGCAAUAGUGCAAGUUAAACCGCUGGUAAACUCCGAAAGAAGAAGAAGAGGAAGUCCAUGUUUUCCAGCAUGUCUGCGAUUGGGAUUCAUUUUGGUUAUACUUGUGCCUGUGUGGCCGUGUUUAAGGAGGGGCGUGCUGAUGUGGUGGCUAACGAUGCAGGAGACAGAGUCACUCCAGCUGUGGUGGGCUACAGAGAUACUGAGCAGAUUGUGGGAAUAGCAGCAAAGCAAGGUCAGGUCCGAAAUGCGGCCAACACAGUUGUUAAGGUGAAGCAGGUUCUGGGGAGAAGAUUCGAUGAUCCUGUGACACAAACACACAAAACAGAGACCAAAUGCCAGGUUAUCAACAGAGAGCAGAUGCCAUAUUAUGAGAUCACCUGUGGAGAGCAUACAAAGCUUGUGGCACCAGAGGAUGUUGCAAAGCUCAUCUUCAAGAAGAUGAAAGAAACGGCUCAGUCAGCUCUGGGCUCUGAUGUGACUGACACCGUUAUUACUGUUCCCUUUGAGUUUGUACAUGCUCAGAAGCGUAGUUUGAGAGAGGCAGCUGAAGCUGCAGGCUUCCAUGUUUUGAGGAUGAUCCAUGAACCUGCUGCUGCUCUGCUGGCCUACAACGUGGGACAGGACUACUCCUCUGGGAACAGUCACGUCCUGGUGUAUAAGCUUGGGGGGACAUCCCUGAGUGUGACGGUGCUGCAGGUGAAUGGGGGUAUGCUGCGGGUGGUCAGCACCCGGACGGACCACAGCAUCGGGGGGGAGAGCUUCACCCAGGCCCUGGCUCAGCACCUGGCCUCCGAGUUCAAACGAACCUUUAAACACGAUGUGAGCUGUAACCCGCGGGCCCUGCUGAAGCUCAUGAACAGUGCAGACAUGGCCAAGCACUCUCUGUCCUCCCUGGGGUCAGCCAACUGCUUCGUUGAUUCCCUGCAUGACGGCGUAGACUUUGAGUGCGCUGUUUCUAGAGCUCGAUUUGAGCUGCUCUGCUCCACACUGUUCAACAAAAGCAUCCAGCCAAUCAGGUCGCUGCUGGACGAGGCGGGACUCUCUGCUGGAGACAUCAACAAGGUGGUUCUCUGUGGCGGAUCGUCCAGGAUCCCUCGCCUCCAACAAAUGAUCCGUGAGAUGUUCCCGGACAUAGAGCUGCUGAACUCAGCCCCUCCGGAUGAGGUGAUCGCCGUGGGAGCGGCCAUGGAGGCAGGGCUUCUGGUUGGCCGGGACAGCCUUGCCCCGGAGGAGGAGUCUGUUGCCGUGGAUGUUUCUGCUGCUGACAUCCUCCUGAAGGAAGUGGAUAAUUCAGGAGCUGAGACGUUUAGCGUUCUACUUCCUGUGGGAACUCCCCUUCCUGCUCGCAGACACCACACCUUCUCCGCCGAGGGCAGACUGUCCUCCCUCUGCCUGGAGGUUUAUCAGAGGGUCACCGCGCAGCAGCCCCAAAAACUAUCCAAGAUUAUUUUAAGAGACCUGCAGCCCAGUGAAGAGAACCACAGCAUUGAUGCUGUGGUCACCAUGAAAAGGGACGGUUCUGUUCAUGUGUCAUGUGCAGCGCAGAGCAGUGGGAAAUCUGAGGCCGUCACCAUAGCAGCAGCAUCAUGAAUUCACUUCAGCGCCUUCCACUCCGUGUUGCAGCGCUCCUCCUGUUUUCUACAACUUAAUAAACUAAUGAAACCAUG